AUAGCUUUUACAAGCCGGCGGAGGGGGCGAAGCAAGCCUCAGACCAAAAAAACGAUGAAGAUAUUCUAAGAGGCUACGGCGUACAUCCUUUGAGGGAUUUGAAAGAAGUCAUCUACAUGACCAAAGACGCAAGACCAGCAACAAAAAAAAGCCAAACGUAACAAUCAUGCAAUUCAAAUACAGACGAAUUUGAGCAAGCUCCUGUUCUUCAAGGUUACAUUUCUUGAAGACGCACCGCAUCCCUCUUGACUCAGGCCAGCUUGGUCGGCUCGUCGGCUUCAUCUGUAGCGACAAUGUCCGUGGAAGACCAGGGCUACCCCGAUCGUUUACUUCUCCUACAGGCCGGUCCGGAGUGGAUGCGGGCCGAGAUCGAGCGCCUCUCCCGGGAGCUGAGCGAGACCACCAACGAGAAGAUCCAAGCGGCUGAGUAUGGGCUUGCGGUGCUGGAGGAAAAGCAGCAGCUCAAACAGCAGUACGAUGACCUGGAGAUUGAGUAUGAAGGCGUAAGACAGGAGCUCGACCAACUCAAAGAGGCCUUCGGACAAGCUCACUCCAACCAUAGAAAAGUGGCAGCGGAUGGGGAGAGCCGUGAGGAGUCUCUUAUCCAGGAGUCGGCGUGGAAGGAGGCCUACUACGAGCAAAGAGUCCUUGAGUUGCAGAAUGAGAUCCGUCAAACCCGCAACAUUCUCACUAACACCCAGUCUGAGAAUGAACGCCUGGGCAUCAUCUCGCAAGAGAUGAGAGAGAACAGCCAGAUGGUGGAGCUCCAGAGGAAUCAGUUGCGUGAUGACAUCAAGGAGUACAAGUUCCGGGAGGCUCGUUUGCUGCAGGACUACACCGAGCUGGAGGAGGAAAACAUCUCACUGCAGAAGCAGGUCUCGGGGCUAAAACAGAGCCAGGUGGAGUUUGAGGGUUUGAAGCAUGAAAUCCGUCGUCUGGAAGAAGAUACACAGUUCCUGAACAGCCAACUGGAGGAUGCCAUCCGCCUGAAAGAGAUUGCUGAGCGUCAGCUGGGUGAAGCCCUCGAGACCAUCAAGACUGAGCGUGAGCUGAAAGCCUCCCUGAGGAAGGAGCUGUCCCACUACAUGAACAUCGGAGACACGCUCUACAACAAUCCUCUUAGCAUCUCUCUGGACGGACUUAAGUUCUGCGAUGACGCCACCACUGAACCAAACAAUGACGACGCUCUGCACGGAUACGAUAAUGGCUUCAGAAAGCUACCCAAUGACGACAACCGCAUGUUCAAGAAGGAAGAGCUGUUCCAUCCAGCACCCAGCCUUGUGGACGACCUGCUCAGUGAACUCAACAUCUCUGAGAUCCAGAAGCUCAAGCAGCAGCUGAUGCAGAUGGAGCGUGAGAAGGUCAACCUGCUAUCCACUUUGCAGGAUUCACAGAAACAACUAGAGCAGGUGAACGGUGCUCUGUCAGAGCACCAGGAGAAGGUAAACCGCCUGACGGAGAAUCUCAACACCAUCCGCAAGCUUCAGGCCAGCAAGGAGCGCCAGUCUGCCCUGGACAAUGAGAAAGAACGUGACAGCAAUGAAGAUGGAGAUUACUAUGAGGUGGACAUCAAUGGACCGGAGAUCCUGGAAUGCAAAUAUAAGGUUGCUGUUUCAGAAGCUGGGGAGCUGAAGGAGGAACUGAAGACUCUAAAGACAGAAUACCAGGCGUGUCAGUCCCGUUAUGAAGAGGAGCGAACACGGCUGGAGAAUGAUGUCACUUCACUUGGAGAGAAACUGGCCACCUUGGAGAAGACGAGCGGUCUCGAGAAGGAGGAGAAGGUCAAACUGGAGAAGGAGCUCCGCAAGCUGAGUGACGUGGCCGGUGAAUCUCAGGGCAGUCUGAGUGUGGCUCAGGAUGAGCUGGUCACCUUCAGCGAAGAACUAGCGACCCUCUACAACCAUGUGUGCAUGUGCAACAACGAGACCCCCAACCGCGUCAUGCUCGAUUUCUACAAGGAGGGUAAAGGUGGACGCAGCAGCCCAGAGGGACGCGGACGCCGCUCUCCCAUCCUGCUCACCAAGGGCCUCUUCCCAGAGCCUGUGAAGACCGAGCUGAACGAUGGCACCCUAUCCCCUGGGUCCUCGUUGCCUUCUCCUGUGUCUGACCACCGCCGCGAGCCCAUGAACAUCUACAACCUGGUCGCCAUCAUCAGGGACCAAAUCAAGCACUUGCAGUUGGCCGUCGACCGUACCACCGAGUUGUCACGGCAGAGGGUCGCCUCUUUGGAGCUCGGCACCGUAGCCGACAAAGACAAGGAGGCCUGCAUGGAGGAGAUCCUCAAACUCAAGUCUCUCCUCAGCACAAAGAGGGAGCAGAUAGCAACUCUGAGGACUGUCCUCAAGGCCAACAAGCAGACAGCUGAAGUUGCUCUGGCCAACCUGAAGAGCAAGUACGAAAACGAGAAGGCCAUGGUGACUGAGACCAUGAUGAAACUGAGGAAUGAGCUGAAAGCCCUGAAGGAAGACGCAGCCACCUUUUCCUCCCUCCGAGCCAUGUUUGCCACACGUUGUGACGAGUAUGUCACCCAGCUGGAGGAGAUGCAGAGACAGCUGGCUGCAGCAGAGGAUGAGAAGAAGACCCUCAACUCCCUUCUGAGGAUGGCCAUCCAGCAGAAGCUUGCCCUGACACAGCGCUUGGAGGACCUGGAGUUCGACCACGAGCAGACGCGUCGCACCGGCAGCGGCGUUCGUUCCAAGACCCGCGUCAAGGCCUCCGUCAGCGUUAGCAGCAACGCCAACGUAAGUCAGGGUCUCACCUGCGCUGGCUCGGGCCAAGCUGAGCACACCAACGCCAUGCCCAGUGGCAUUCUUGGAGGCCCCAGCGUCUUCUGCAGCGAGAAAUAUAAGAUCUACUGCGACUGAAGUAGCUGCAAAGUCCGCAUGGGACUGCUGUGUACAGAGGGGAGGGGGGGGUGACCCUUCCUGCUAUAGUGUUAAAAGAGCCCCACUUGCUCGCUUUGCUCCCUGGCCAGCCUGCGCUCCUCUAGGGACUACUGUGUGACUAACCAUCUGCUUGUGUGUGCUAGUGUAAAGGCUUGGGAAAGCACAGGUUGGAUGUACAGUACGUUUGGACUGUAGUAGACAUACUUGGCAUGUGGAUGUUAGGCCCCAUCAUCAGGGGACUUUGUGGGUUUGUCUAUUCUUUCCGCAGUCUGUGUGCUGUACAUAUGAAGCGCAAGGUGGUCUUUGUGCUUCGGUCCUAUGCCUCCUGAUUGUGUUGCUUGGCAACAGUAUCACAUGAUGGAGAUGAUAGCGGAUGAUGAUGAUGUCCAAAUGUGAUAUCCUUUGCUCCGUCUGAUGGCACGGGUGCUCCUUUUCGACAAAAAAAUCCAAACUCAGCUAAACGCUGAUCCAUGUUUACAAGAAGAUUGAACUAAAAUAUGCAAUCUCCACCUGGUCUUCCUGUCAGGGGGAGCACUGGUUACAUCGACACAAAAAAAUCUGAACGUGUUUUUUUAAUAAUGGCUGUAAAGGAGCACCUGUGACCGCAGCUGUUUAUUCUUUCAAGUUAAAGGCUCAGGCGCAAUAGAAACGCAUGGCUUUGCAGCUGUAGGAGCUUUUUUAAGUGCUUUUCUGUUGUCGGGUGUACCACAGGGCACUAAAUUAGAGCCAUAUAAGGAGGGAGACGGACCAUUUGACAAAUCUCCAAAACCCAAAAUAAGUGCGCUUCAGCAUAGGUGCCUCAGGUUCUACCUUCUGGCAGAAAUACAUUUAUUGACUACUGUGAGAAGAGCUACAUUAUAGUUUUGAGUAAGAAGGCGUCUUUUUUUUUUUUAAUUACAAAAGAGCACAAAUUCUAAAAAAUUCAAACCUGGGUAUUAACUCUCCAAAACUGCUUGGCAAAAGUGCCUGAUAACCCAAACGCUUGAUAUAUUUAUCUGUCGAUCUGAAGCCCUGCCCUUGUGUCCUACUUUCCCUCGUCCUUAUCUUUGUCCCUACUGUCUUCAGUUGUUGUCUUGAUGCUGUGUCGCCAUGACAACCUCCUCUCUCAUAUUUUGCCAGCAUCCCCAAAAUGCGUCUGAUAGUGUCCUUACUCGUGUACGUCUGGCCCCUGUGUGUGUUAAACCUGAUGUUUUUCUUUUUUUGGCGUGUGAGGACAAAGCAAAUCUUGGUAGCCGGAAUAGCUUUAUCACCUCACGGAGCUUUGUGUUAGACAAAUAAUUCCAAUAGAAGUGGGGGCUUGUGUUUAAUACUCUUAUGUACUGCUUGUGGAUCAUAGACACAUUAGCUUUAUGAUGCAAAAAGCAGGGUUGAUAUGAGGGAUUCCUGCAAGAUUUAGCAAACUUUGCAAUUUUUUUCUACCAAUAUAUAUGGAAACUCUAUAUUCUUAAUACGAUCUUGUUCAGGUACCGAUCUUGCAGGAUCCCGGUAAAGUAUUCCGCUUCUUAAACGUCAAAGAGAAGGGGCGCUUGUCAGUGGUCAACCCUGCUUGAGUGUGCAUUGGUUAGCGACCGCUCACAGCAUGGUGACGGAGAACAAAAAAAAAAGAAGAUAAAGUCACUUUUAAGUUGACAAUUCCCAUAUCUCAGUUUCAAUCUGUUUGCUUUGAUGGAGAGGAGGGAGAAGAAAAGAAAAAUAUGUUUAGCCGAGGGGGAGACUUUCUUGUUUGAGUUCCACGUUCUUGUAAAAGGCUCAGUGGAAUCUGAGCGUCAGGAUGUGAUCUUUACUAGAACCUCCCCUUUUUUGAUUUCCUAUACCUGCCUUUGCUUCAUCAGAAUUGGCGUCCAGCUUACGCGGUGUCAUAAUAGCGUGUCACCUUGUAGGCUCCUCCUACCUCCUACCACUUCACCUUUACGUUUCACGACAUGCAUGUUAAACGUAUUACUCAUUAACGUGUAUGAAAAAGCAUCAUCUUCUCUGGUUCAGUUUCCAGAUUGUGUGGCGUUAACAUUCCACACAAUACGGCCGAUACAUUGAUUUGGAUUGACUGAUUCCAUCCACCAAUGGGAAACCAGAGGAGGUGGGCUUAUUGCUCCAUGUAAAUGUUUUUUUCUUUACUUUUUUUUUUUUUUUUAAUCUGUGCACUUUCAUAAUAUAGGAUUAUAACAGACUAAUAUUAACCUGUAGGAACAUGUGGUAGUACUAUGGUUUGUGAGAUAUUCAGUAUAGUCCAAGUUAUGAGUGUCCUCCAAAGGAAAUAUGUACUUCACAAACCACAGAUCUACAAUUUCUGCAUAAUCCUAAAGAGUUUUUACAUCAGUGUGUCAUUUUUUUAUCAUAUGUUGUGCUGUUAUAUUUAUACAUUAUGUUCGUUCUACUGCCAUGUUCUCUACAAAAAAUCCAGGGUGAUCCAAUUCUGGGGUUUUUCAUGUAUUUAUUAUUCCUAGGAAUAGUUCAAACUAACUCAAUGAAACUUGACAACGCUCUCCCACCAAAUCGGUAAGCUGAGUCUUGGGAAAAAUUGAGCGAUACGGCUUUUCCUAGCUUCUUACCGAGGGCGUUCCACUGAAACGGGAUCACUGAUGUUCAGAAUUCUCUGCAAAAAGCGACCAUUAAAUUCCAAAUUGGAAUUGUUUUAUUCUCUCUUGGUUUAUCGUGCCAAAUCUUGGUACACCAUUUAAGGUCGGACAGACAAGCGGCCAAUGCGAAAGGUGUAGAUUUUUGGCCGGGGGCUUGUUUUUUUUGUUUUUUUUUUUACAUAGAUUAGUUCUUUGUUUCUGACCAGUAGUGCCUUUCAUUGUUUCAAGGGAGAAUUUUAGACUGGCGUUUUAUGUUUUUUUUUUUGGCUUUCCGGGGGAGGGUUUGGGACUGAAAAUGACUGUGAGCAGCAAUAAACGCAAAAGGGAAUUCCGCCCCUUUCUGCAUUGAGUGAGAAAUUAGCUCAAUAAAUCAAGCAUUGUUUUGAAUUCUGCAGGUCAGUGAUCCUCUCAUCAAAUUCAGGGGUAUUAAGAAAAUGUGUUUUUUAAUCACACUUUUGGGAACCAAAAGAAAUCCCUUUGGCCUCCUGUUGUUGAACGAACAGCUCCAAGCAUCUUUAGUGUGUUUGUGUAGCUGGGUGUGCUGUUGGAAACUACAGGCUUUGUUUGGUGAUGGUCAUGAGAUAUCAAUAGUAUUAUUGCAAAAACAAAAAUGUGCAGAGAGCGCAUUUUAUCUUACUUUUGGUCUGUUUUUUUAUUAUUAUUAUUUUGGAGUUUUGUUUUGUUUUUUUUACAUCUUAAGCAAUUUGUUUUCAGGAAACAGAAAACGAAAUUGGCAUCAACAAGCGUGAAUAGUGCCAUGCUCGCCAGUACUCGUUUGUUGAGGCGUCAAAGUUACUAAUACGGAAGUGAUCCUAACACAAAAAAAAAAGUGCAAUUCUGAUACUGUUCAAGAGAAAAAGAUGUUUUCUGUUUGCUGGAAGCGACAGCAUUGUGAUAAUUAAACUAGCUGUGCAAACUUUAUACUGUUAUAUUGUGUUUCAGUAUUGAUCCAUAAUGAGAGUUUGAUAUCUUUAUAUGAAAUAACUACUUCACCUGUUCGUUGGUAUUUAUUUGACUUGUCAUGCAGUACUGUAUUCUUAUCAAUAAUGUGCAUUAUGAUUAGUAAUAUGGAUUACAGCUAAAUGUCAUAUGCAUGUUUCUCAGAUAUGGGACCUUUACACAGCAGUGAAAACAAACAGGUGAACUUUUUAGGGUGUUGGAAAUAAAUUUUGAUUGAAAUGAAGUGAAAUGAAAUACUGCUGAAACUAAUCCCGUGAAAAAGCGUUUUGGUUUGUUUUCCAGUAAGGGUGUGGGCUGAACUGUGUAAAGGUAGUCAUGCUGACUAAAAUCAAUAAACGUGACUUAAGUUGCA